UAGUUUUUUUUAUUAUUAUUGAAUAACUUGUUUAACUUAACAGAUAGUUUAGAGAGAAAACUAAACUAAUUGGUUAUCAUUAGUAAAGAAAACUAAAAUACAAUAUGAAAUCAUCAAUUGGUUUAGUAAUUCAAUUAUCAUUAGUAUUAUUACUAUUGGCAUUGAAUUUGUCUAAUCAACAACAAUUAAGUAGUUAUGAGGAGCUAAAAAAAUUGGCUGAUAAACAAACUUCAGCAGCACAGGUACCCGUUGAAUGGGAUUGGAGAAAGUAUGGUAUAGUAACACCAGCUAGAAAUCAGGAAAGUUGUGGUUCGUGUUGGAGUUUUGUAUCGGCCGCUGCACUCGAAAGUCAUCUAAUGAAGGUUCAGAUCGCUGAGGGAAAGUUUGAUCCGAAAAAUCAAUUGACAUUAAGUGAACAAAAUCUGAUCGACUGUUCCGGUAGUUUCGGUACACAUGGUUGCGAUGGAGGUAAUUUUCGAAAUGCCUUUGAAUACGUAAAAGAAACUAAAGGACUCAAUACUAUCAAUGAUUAUCCAUAUAUUGGAAAACUCGACAGUUGUCACUAUAAUAAAGAAAAACGUGUCGAUAUCGACAUCAAAGAAAUCAAACGCAUAACUACCGGCUCUGAUCAGGAACUGGUGUCAGCUAUCUAUACACACGGACCGGUCACUGUUGGCUUUCAUCAGACUAAUAAGUUUCUAAAUUAUAGUUCCGGUAUUUUUGAUGACACCUCAUGUAAUGCCGAGUCUAUUAGCCGAUCAUUGCUUGCCGUUGGCUAUACUCCCGAUUAUUUUAUACUGAAAAACAGUUGGGGCACAAAAUGGGGUGAAGAUGGCUACAUAAGACUGUCCCGUUCAAAGGUCAACAAUUGCGGUGUUAGUCAACAGGCCUACUAUCCAGUGCUGGCCAAUGAUGUCGGAACCGCUAAUAUCAGAGACAAACUAAAAGAAUCACUGAUCGAUAAUAGUCUACAACAUUUGGCACAGAUCCAGGCUGCUUCAGCAGCACCGGUACCGGCACUACCCGUUGUUGUCAAUCAACCUAAUAUACCGGUUGAAUGGGAUUGGAGAAAGUAUGGUCAUCUAAUGAAGGUUCAGAUCGCUGAGGGAAAGUUUGAUCCGAAAAAUCAAUUGUCAUUAAGUGGACAAAAUCUGAUCGACUGUUCCACUAGUUUCGGAAAUAAGGGUUGCAAUGGAGGUCUUUGGGGCACAAAAUGGGGUGAAGAUGGCUACAUAAGACUGUCCCGUUCAAAGGUCAACAAUUGUGGUGUCAGUCAACAGGCCUACUAUCCAGUGCUGGCCAAUGAUGUCGGAACCGAUAAAAUCAGAGACAAACUAAAAGAAAAAAAAAAAUUAAUUAAAAAAAACAAAAUGAAGUCAUCAAUUGGUUUAGUAAUUCAAUUAUCAUUAGUAUUAUUACUAUUGGCAUUGAAUUUGUCUAAUCAACAACAAUUGGCUAAUAACCAGGCUUCAGCAGCACCGGUACCACCACUACCCGUUGCUGUCAAUACUAAUAUACCGGUUGAAUGGGAUUGGAGAAAGUAUGGUAUAGUAACACCAGCUAGAGAUCAGGGACCGUGUGGUGCGUGUUGGAGUCUGGUAUCGGCCGCUGCACUUGAAAGUCAUCUAAUGAAGGUUCAGAUCGCUGAGGGAAAGUUUGAUCCGUCAAAACAAUUGUCAUUAAGUGAACAAAAUCUGAUCGACUGUUCCACUAGUUUCGGUACAUUGGGUUGCGAUGGAGGUAAUACUCGAAAUGCCUUUGAGUACGUAAAUAUAACUAAAGGACUCAAUAGUAUCAAUGAUUACCCAUAUACUGGAAAACUCGACAGUUGUCACUAUAAUAAAGAAAAACGUGUCGAUAUCCACAUCAAAGAUAUCAUACGUAUAACUCCCGGCUCUGAUCAGGAACUGGUGUCAGCUAUCUAUACAUACGGACCGGUCACUGUUGCCGUUGAUGUGACCAAUAAGUUUGCAAAUUAUAGUUCCGGUAUUUUAGAUGACAUCACAUGUAAUGCCGAAAAUAUUAGCGCAGCAUUGCUUGCCGUUGGCUAUACUCCCGAGUAUUUUAUACUCAAAAACAGUUGGGGCACAAAAUGGGGUGAAAAUGGCUAUAUAAGACUGUCCCGUUCAAAGGUCAACAAUUGUGGUGUCAGCGAACAGGCCUACUAUCCAGUGCUGGCCAAUGAUGUCGGAACCGCUAAUAUCAGAGACAAACUAAAAGAAGUCAAAUAAAUUUAAUUUCAAUAU